AUGACUCAAAAUAAGCAACCAGUUACUAACACUGACUCCCCAAUUGGGGGAGAAAACUACAGUUGUGGCUCAACCGGCGGCAAAGACCCCGUGCACUUGGAAGCAGCCCGCACCCUUGCGCAAGAGUUCCACAAGCACAACAUCCAGCUAGUGUACGGUGGUGGCACGACAGGACUCAUGGGCGAACUUGCGAAAACACUCGUCUCCCUCUCCGGCCCUCAAUCCGUGCACGGCAUCAUCCCGCGGGCGCUCGUCAAAGUGUCCACCAAGUCCAGCACCAGAAGCCCCGAGGCCAAUGGCAACGGUGCGGGCAAGGCUGCGGAGCGCGAGGUCACGGAUGAGAUGCUUGAGGAAGACGGCAUUCCGGAGUCUGAGUAUGGUGUUACGACGGUCGUGGAGGAUAUGCAUACGCGGAAGCGGCUGAUGGCGAGCAAGGUGCUCGAGGGCGGGCCCGGCUCCGGCUUUGUGUCGCUUGCGGGUGGAUUUGGGACUAUUGAGGAGGUUAUGGAGAUGACAACGUGGAAUCAGCUGGGCAUUCACCGGGUUGGGGUUGUGUUGCUCAAUACGAAUGGAUACUGGGAUGGGUUGUUGGGCUGGGUGCGAAACGCCGUCGCGGAAGGGUUUAUUAGUGCUGAGAAUGGAAAGAUUCUGGCGGAGGCGAGUGACCCUAGGGAGGUCUGGCCGCGUUUGCUGGAAUACCAAGUCAGCAGUGAGCGAAUGCAGCUGAAUUGGGGUCAAGAGUAA